AAAGAAUUUAAAAAAAUCAAAGAGUGUAAUAAAUUAUAACCAUCUAAAAAAUUGAAAGGAUUCGAAAAAUCUGCACACCUACGGAUUUCACUUCAAACAUUUAAAUCGUCAUAAAGAAACUAAUUUAUUGCUCACAUUGUGUUUGACCUACGUCCUGUCGUACCGAGACUGGUUUCGGUCGCUGUUAUAAACUAUAGUCAUCAGUUGAAAAUGGAGACCGAGUCUAAUUUCCACUACAAAUAUUGGAAAACGAUAUCUUGCGAUAACGUUAACACGUCGAAGGAGUUGAAGGAAGGCAUCAAACAGUGUAUUCACUCCGAGAACGUGAAGAGGGAAAAUUUCCAAUGUUUAGAAAUCGACCAAAGUCAAAUUAACUACUUGAACUCCGAUUUCUACAGUGGAAUCAAACACUUGAAGAAAUUGAAGAUUCUCAAUAGUUCAAUUGAAAGCUUGCCACCUCUGCUGUUUGAAAAAUUCAAGACUCUCUGUGAGCUUCACUUUGAGAAUAACAUUAUCGGUGACAUUCACAAGAAGGCUUUCUUCAGUCUGGUCAAUUUAAAGGAUCUAAGUAUAGUCCAGUGCAACGUAAAGCUUCCAGAGGGUGCGCUUGACGAGUUGGUGUCCCUUGAAAACCUAAAUUUGCGCGGUAACGGUCUAGAAAGCGUAGCUCCAAAUCUACUUGCUAACCUCGCCAGUUUGAAAACGUUAAAUCUGUCCGAUAACGACAUCAGAUGUGUUCCCCAAAACGUUUUUGAUCAGCUUUCUGCUUUGAGAACCUUGAGAUUGGACAAAAAUAACAUACAAGCAUUGACAGAGGGGUGCCUCGCAGGACUGUGUAGUUUAGAAGAACUAUUCCUGUGUCAAAACUCCAUUGAGAGCAUAGCUGUUGGGGUCUUCUCCGAGUUGGUGGAACUGAAAGUGCUCAGCCUGAAUGGCAAUAACCUCGCAUCCCUGCCGGAUUCGUUUUCAACACUUUCGAAUCUCACCAGCCUCAAUUUAGCAAACAAUCAGAUUGCGACGCUUCCGACUAAUUUGCUGACGGCCGCCAGCAAAAUCGAACACAUCAACUUGCAAAACAAUGCGCUUAUGCGCUUACCUCCUGAACUUUUGCGUGGCGCUGGCGCGCUUAAAACGCUGAACUUGUCGAACAACUCAAUUAAGCAAAUCCCGGAGGCGUUCCUCUCCAACACGGCCAACUUGCAGGUCCUAAACUUGGAGUGUAACAAAAUUGAGUACAUUCUCUCGGAGUGCUUUGAAAAUCUGUCGAGCUUAAGCGAGUUGCACUUAGGAAAGAAUAGCAUAAUGAAAAUAUUUCCAAACGCGUUUAAAACCUUAUCUGCGCUGCACUGCUUGAAUUUGGAGGAUAAUAUGAUUAUGGGCUUAGAUAAAAGCGCGUUCCUGGGUCUUCGCCGGUUGAGAGUGCUAAAUGUCAAAGGAAAUAAGAUCUCCACACUCCAGGUGGAUAUCUUCAAAGAUCUUGGGAUGUUAACCGAUCUUCAUCUCAACGAAAACGAUAUUCGCAUAUUGGAGAUGGGGGUGUUCAACGGGCUGGAGAACUUGUGUAAACUCCACGUGUAUAAAAACAAAAUCGGUACAAUCUCUGCGGGUACAUUCCGAAAUCUCACCAAAGUAGUUUCGCUUUUUUUGGGGAAGAAUUCCUUACGCAUAUUGCGGAAGGGAACAUUCAGCGGAAUGACCAACCUUAAUUAUCUGACGAUCGAGCACAACGAUAUUGAAGACUUUCAGAAUGGCUGCUUUACGGGGUUGCCAAAUUUAGAAAUACUGUGCCUGUCGCAUAACUCCAUCAUGGAAUUGUCUCAGAAUCUGUUUAUGGAGCUCAACAAUCUCCGUUACCUAUACCUGAAGAACACACGUCUGGCGUGCUUGCGAUGCGGGGUGUUCUUAGGGUUGAAUCACUUGCUCCAACUCCACUUGGUACACAACGAAAUUUGCACCAUCGAACCGGGCGCGUUCGAAGGACUGCACGGUUUGCAGUUCUUAUCCCUGUAUCAAAACAAGAUCGGUGAACUUGAGGGUGACAUUUUCGCGGGAUUAGAGGUGCUAAACUACUUGGAGCUGGGUAGCAAUGAGAUCGCGCAAAUUACGCCGGAAACAUUUCAAGCUGUGCCAAAGCUGAAAAACUUAAGGCUGAGCGGAAAUCGGCUAAACUUGGCAAGCGACACCUUCGCCAACUGUCCGAGUUUACAGCACUUGGACCUAUCGGACAACAACAUCAGCUCUUUACCUCCGCAGGUCUUCGAGCCACUCCAAAACCUGAACGUGCUGCAUUUAUCUCGCAAUUGCCUCGACGUUUUGACUUCCGAUAGUUUCGCCAACAUUCCCGCUUUGAAGUAUCUUUACCUGCAGAAUUGCAACAUCCAACUUAUCGAAUCUGGCGCGUUUCACGACCUAGACUCUCUCGUCGACCUCUACUUGGACGGAAACAAGAUUAGUAGCAUGCAAGAGGAUUGCUUCGUCAGUUUGGAUCAACUUUCAAGUUUGCACCUUGAAAACAACUGCCUGAACGAGCUCCAUUUGGAGAUAUUCGAAAGUCUAAACGGGUUAAAGUAUCUUUCUUUGGAGGGUAACGAAUUGCCUACCGAGAUCCUGCACGAAAUUAUGCUGAAGUACUCGGAUCAAAUGCCCGAACCUUACUGUUGCUAAUGUGUUUUAAUAUUCGCUGUUUACUCCAUGCUUUUGCGAAAUAAAUUUGCUAACGCAGAUACACAUUGAUUUUUGAACGCCCCUCGGUAAGAUUGAAGCCAUUGGAAUAGAGCUCGCGCUUAGUUCAUCGUAGGGUUUCCCAAAUCGUCUUUCAAAUCUCAGUGCGUAUUAUGAACGCGAGUGACACGAUUGAUGAGUGUCACCCGACUCGGUGCAACACUCAGCGAGAUACGACGAUCUUUUUGGUGUCACUCGCGGGUUUCACGCUAUGGUUUUUCGUGACGUUACGGUGGCUGAUCAAGAAUAGGGAUUUGCUCGCCAUGAUUUCCGAUCCGAGGGCGUUUAUGGAGGCGAGGCGGUCUAAAAUGAAACACGACGAGCCGGUUUACUGCGUGGAGUACAAUUCUGAAGUCGCAGUGCUCGAGAUUGAUGUUGAGCAUGAACGUGACGUUACCAUAAUAAAAGUGUCGAAAUGAAUACA